UCCUAGGCUUCUUAUAACCCUGCGGAGCGCAGCGGGCGCCCAGCCAGCUCCAACCGCGCUUCCUCUCGAGCCCAGCCGUGCAGGACCAGACCUCCCUCCCGCAGAGUAUUUGUGUAAGAGUGCGCCUGUGUUACCUCCGCUGCUGUCUACACCUCGCUUGGCCAUCUGCCUGAGGAGACAUCUCGGGAAGCACAUCCUCCACCGAGUUUCAGUUUGCUUCAGACUACCAGGAAUGGAAAACUCUUGUACAAAUGCAUUUCCUCUCACCAUGAAUUCUUCCCAAAAGCAAGAAACUGUGUGUAUUUUUGGAACAGGGGAUUUUGGGAGAUCUCUGGGAUUGAAGAUGCUCCAGUGUGGUUACGCUGUUGUUUUUGGAAGUCGAAACCCCCAGAUGUCCAGCCUGCUGCCCAGUGGUGCAGAGGUCUUGAGCUACUCAGAAGCAGCCCAGAAGUCUGACAUCAUAUUUGUAGCAAUCCACAGGGACCACUAUAAUUUUUUCAUAGAUCUAACUGAGGUUCUCAAAGGGAAAAUACUGGUAGAUGUCAGCAACAACCUCAAAAUCAAUCAGUAUCCGGAAUCUAAUGCAGAGCACCUUGCUCAGCUGGUGCCAGGCGCCCAUGUGGUGAAAGCAUUUAAUACCGUGUCAGCCUGGGCUCUCCAGUCUGGAGCACUGGAUGCAAGUCGACAGGUGUUUGUCUGUGGAAAUGACACCAAGGCCAAACACAGAGUGAUGGAUAUUGUUCUCACUCUUGGACUUACUCCAUUGGAUCAAGGAUCUCUUCUGGCAGCCAAGGAAAUUGAAAACUACCCCCUGCAACUGUUCCCGAUGUGGAGGUUCCCCUUCUGUUUGUCUGCUGCACUGUGUAUCUUCUUCUUCUUUUACUGUGUUAUCAGAGACAUAAUCUACCCUUAUGUUUCUAAAAAGCAAGAUAACACUUUUCGCCUGGCUAUUUCCAUUCCCAACCGUGUCUUCCCAAUAACAGCACUCGUGCUGCUUGCCUUGGUUUACCUCCCUGGGGUUAUUGCUGCCAUCCUACAACUGUACCGAGGUACAAAAUAUCACCGAUUCCCAGGCUGGCUCGAUCACUGGAUGCUCUGCAGGAAGCAGCUUGGCUUGGUAGCUCUGGGGUUUGCCUUCCUGCACGUCAUCUACACACUUUUGAUCCCUAUUCGAUAUUAUGUACGAUGGAGAAUAAGAAACACAACCGCUACCCAGGUGAUAAGCAGGAAGGAUGAUCCCUUUAGCACCUCUUCAGCCUGGCUUUAUGAUUCAUAUAUGUCUUUGGGAGUCCUUGGAUUUUUUCUGUUUUUACUCUUGGGCAUCACUUCCUUGCCAUCUGUCAGCAACAUGGUCAACUGGAGGGAGUUUCGAUUUGUGCAGUCCAAACUGGGUUUUUUGACACUGAUAUUGUGCACAGCCCACACCGUGGCGUAUGGUGGGAAGAAAUUCCUUGGCCCUUCAGCUCUCAGAUGGUACCUUCCCUCAGCCUAUAUCCUAGCGCUCAUCAUUCCCUGCACGGUGCUGGUGAUCAAGCUUAUCCUCGUCAUGCCAUGCAUAGACAACGCCCUCACUAGGAUCCGCCAGGGCUGGGAAAGGAACUCAAAAUACUCAAAAUCAUUAUCAUUUGGAAAAUCAAAUGUUUCAAGCAACGUUGAAUGUACCUGGGCUUCUGAAAUCUAGCAAUAAAUGUUGAGAAGAAAGAAAUCGAUGCGAUUAAGAAAGUUGCAUUUCCCCACCACCACCUGAGGUUUAUCUGCACAGAAGGAAAUUUUGCCAGAUUUUGAGAAAGUACCAUCAAAGGAGACCUCCAUUGUAACUCAGGUCAGCGGCGAGGCCGCUGGGAACCUUGCUGUUUCUUUUCCUGGAGACCAUUGAGCUGCCUCCCUGCAGGCAGGAGAGAGGCAUGUAGGAUGGAGAUUAGCUUUGUGGUUUCACACUAAGAAAGUUCUUUGCUGUGGGCAACCACCAUGACCUAAUGUUUUGCAAAAUCCAGG